AUGCCCCUCUUUCCCCUCCGCCGUGUUCCAUUCGCAGGUUCUUUUCUUUCUUCUAGAUUUACUCCUUGUGUUCGUACUUCUUUCGCCUCUCGCCGCUUCUUCUACGGCUAUAUCUCCGAUUCCAAAAUGGCGCCCCAGCUAGAGCCCUUCUUCAAACAGGUCGACGACUCGUCCAACGACUUCAUCGAUCGUUUGCGCAAGGCGGUUGCGAUCCCCUCUAUCUCUGCACAGGACGAGAACCGAAAGGAUGUGUUCCGCAUGGGUCAAUUCCUGGCCGAUGAGCUCACAGCUCUUGGAGCCGAGGUCGAGCAACGGCCUUUAGGCAAGCAGCCCGGAAAGGAACACCUCGAACUGCCCCCAGUAGUGGUUGCUAGAUACGGCAACGAUAAGAAUAAGCGCACUAUUCUUGUCUACGGACACUAUGACGUGCAGCCUGCCUUGAAGGAAGACGGCUGGGACACCGAGCCUUUCGAGCUGACCAUCGACGAGAAGGACCGCAUGUACGGCCGUGGCUCCACCGAUGAUAAGGGUCCCGUUCUGGGCUGGCUUAACGUGAUCGAUGCCCACCGCAAGGCUGGUAUCGAGUUUCCCGUCAACCUGCUGUGCUGUUUCGAAGGCAUGGAGGAGUACGGUUCCGAGGGUCUGGAUGACUUUAUCAAGGCAGAGAGCAAGAAGUACUUCAAGGAUGCCGAUGCCGUUUGUAUUUCUGAUAAUUACUGGCUCGGCACCGAGAAGCCUUGCUUGACCUAUGGCCUGCGCGGUUGUAAUUACUACUCCAUCAGCAUUUCCGGCCCUGCUCAGGAUCUGCACUCCGGUGUCUUCGGUGGUUCUGCUCACGAGCCCAUGACUGAUAUGGUUAACGUGCUGUCUAAGCUUGUUGAUGCUCAGGGUAACAUCCUGAUCCCUGGUCUCAUGGACCUUGUGGCUCCCCUCACCGAGGACGAGAAGACCCUAUACGGAGGCAUCAGCUACACUAUGGACAACCUCCACGAGUCACUCGGUUCCGAGACCGGUAUCCACCCCACCAAGGAGCGUACUCUGAUGGCCCGCUGGAGGUACCCCUCUCUGUCUAUCCACGGUAUCGAGGGCGCCUACUCGGCCCCUGGUGCCAAGACCGUCAUUCCCGCCAAGGUCAUUGGUAAGUUCUCCAUUCGCACCGUGCCCAACAUGGAGAGCGAAGAUGUCAACAAGCUGGUCUUUGAUCACAUCAAGGCCGAGUUUGCCAAGCUUAACACCAAGAAUACCAUGGAUGUAUGGCUGCAGCACGACGGCAAGUGGUGGGUCGCCAGCCCUAAGCACUGGAACUUCUCUGCUGCCGGCAAGGCUGUUCAACAGGUCUUUGGAGUUGAGCCUGACAUGACCCGUGAGGGUGGAAGUAUUCCCGUUACACUGACUUUUGAGGAGGCUACCGGCAAGAACGUCUUGCUCCUUCCCAUGGGAAGCUCGACUGAUGCCGCCCACUCCGUCAACGAGAAGCUAGACAAGCGUAACUACAUUGAGGGAACCAAGUUGUUGGGAGCUUACCUACACUAUGUCGCCGAGGAGCCCACCGCAUGA